AUGGCUACGAGAGACGCCCUAAAGACAAAGGACGAAGAGGAGGAGGAGGAGUUUCAUGAAGCUGCAGAGACACUUCUACAGCACGACUGUACGGACACUAACUAUGAAAUCCCUAAACCAAAGGUAGCAGUGCUCUGUGUUGGUCCUGAUGUGGUUUCCUUUGCUGUGGAACCACAUCCGUCUCCUCAAACAUUCGACCUGGUGAUCGAGUACAGUGCUGCAGAACAGAGGGGCACAGUGGUCCACAGAGACUCCCCCUCUGUGGACAUCACAGGGCUGUGUCCUGGGACAGACUACACCUUCACCAUCACACGGAGGACACAGAGCUCACAGACCUGUGUUCGUGUCGUCACAGCACCAAUACCUCCUCCGCUGUUAUCAAUAAGUGACAUCAGAGCUGACAGUGUGACUCUGUCCUGGGAGCCCCCUGCUGGUAAAGUGCAGAACUACUCAGUGACCUGUUCCAGUGGAGAAGAUGUGAUCCAAGAAUUCCAAACUGAGGAAACCAGUGUGACCAUCAGAGACCUGAGGCCGGGACAGCAGUACCUGUUCUCUGUGUGUGCGCAGCUCCAGAACAGGCUCCAGAGUGAGGCUGCAGAGACCUCCACUCACACAAAAACAUAUGUGGAGUCUGUACUUAAGGAUUUGGAUCUGGAAAUCUAUUACAAAAAGAAGCUUUGCCUAAAUAAGGUUCUGCAAAUCGAUGAGAAGACGAUGACUGAAAACAAUGUGAUGUCAAACAAAGACGUUGCUUGGUAUUUUCUUAAAGAGCUGAUGAUGUCUGAGAUUCUUAACAAACUCCUGAGCAACUCCCAGCAAAACCACGACACCUUUGUGCACCGCAACAUGCAGUGUGGCGACAACCCGAGAAUAAUCUCCAAUGGACUCGCUGAACUUACUUGGGAAAUGGGUCAACUCUACGAGGCUUCAUUGUCUCUUCCAGAAGAAGACCCUUCACGCCAACAGCUGCAGCACCUUCCCAAACUGUGUGCACAGCUUCUGAUUGAUGGUUUUCCUCUGGAGCUGGUGGAUGGAGAUGCCUCCAACAUCCCUCUCAGAUGGGUGAGUGAUGUUCUGACCCAGCUCCAUGAACUGGUGUCUCCUAACAACAAGAUUCUGGUGGUCACAGUCCUCGGAGUCCAGAGCACAGGGAAGUCCACUCUCCUCAACACCAUGUUUGGAGUGCAGUUUGCAGUGAGCAGUGGCCGAUGCACGAGAGGCGCCUUUAUGUUACUCAUCAGAGUCAGUGAAGAUAUGAAAGCUUCUCUCAACUGCGACUUCUUAGUGAUCAUCGACACCGAGGGCCUCAAGUCUCCAGAACUCGCUCAACUGGACGAUAGUCACGAGCACGACAACGAGUUAGCAACCCUUGUGGUUGGAUUGAGUGACAUCACCAUCAUCAAUAUUGCUAUGGAGAAUUCUACAGACAUGAAAGACAUCCUGCAGAUAGUUGUGCACGCUUUCCUCCGAAUGAAAGAAGUGGGUAAAAAACCCAGAUGUCAGUUUGUUCACCAGAAUGUUUCAGAUGUUUCAGCUCAUGACAAGAACCUCAGAGACAGAGAACUGCUCUUGCAGCAGUUAAAUGAUAUGACUGAAGCUGCAGCUAAGAUGGAGAGAAAAGAAGAGAAUAAGAGCUUCACUGAUGUCAUGGACUAUGACCCCGACACUGGAAACUGUUCAGCACACGGACAGCUUUCCAGUACCAUGUGUUACUCGACCUAA